AUGUCACUGGAAGUAAUCUACAUCACCCGCCAUGGAUUCCGGUCCAACUGGCUUGUCGACCCUGCCACGGGAAGCUACACGGCCUCCAUCCCGUCCCCGACAGGUAUACCUGCGGAUCCGGAAUUAACUGCCCAUGGCGUUGACCAGGCCAAAGAGCUGGGCGCCCACCUCCUGACCGUUGAGCCUCCAAUCGACGCAGUUUAUUCCAGCCCCUACUAUCGCUGUCUGCAAACCAUCACGCCCUUUGUUACCCUCAACCAAGAAAACCUCAACCGCCUUCGGGGAAAAGACGUUGGCGCGAAAGCCGAUGCUGUCACCAUUCGUCCCGAACACGGCCUCUGCGAAUGGUACGGCGCCGCUCCAUUCGAGCACCCGACCCCAGCCUCGACGGACGUCUUGAAGCCAAUGUUCCCUCAUAUCGAUGACACGUAUCAGAGCCGCGUCUAUCCCGCCCGCAACGGCGAGACCAUCGCUGAAUUGCACGACCGUGUCGCUGCUGGUGUUCAAGCCAUCAUUGAGCAAUGCGACGCCCAGGGCCACCGUGCAGUGGUUUUGUGCUCCCACGCUGCUUCGAUUAUUGCCCUUGGCCGAGUCCUUACUGGCGAAAUGCCCGAGAGUAUUGAUGCGGAAGAUUUCCGAGCCUUUACCUGUGGGUUAAGCAUGUACCGGAGGAAAUCGCCCUCUUCUUCAGCAAAAACUCCAGGAACCGAUGGCCCAAUCGCGGAUACCAAGUCGUGGAGGAAUGGUCGGGGAGUCGCAGGCGGGUGGAUAUGUGAGCUCAACAGCGAUUGCAGCUUUUUGAGCGGAGGAGAGGAGAGGGGAUGGUAA